UUCAAUUUUUACUAAAGUCUGCGAGAAGGCCAUAACAAACUCGAAUAGGGUGAUGGAAGCAAAUGUAGUGUCUGCAAACUGAUUAGAUGCCAAGAAAGAUCAAAGAGAUCAACUCGAAAAAGAUACAGCCAAUCAAGAAAGAUUGGAAUCAUUGAAUACCAACAAGUCUGCUUUGGUCAAUAAAGCAAUUAUACAGGACAACUGUCAGCACACGGAAGCAAGAACCCAGCUAAGUAGUGAUGAAAAAUGGCUCCUUUUUCAGUUUUCCCAAUUCUGUGAAACGUUAAAUGCCACUUUCACCUGGCUCCUUAUUUUGGCCCUUUAUUACCCUUUCCCAAUUUAUACUCUCUUUUAAAACCAUGGCAGACCCUUUUUUAAAAAAUUUUUGGCUUCUAUAGACUGCAAUCUGCACACAAAAGCCAGCUUCCUCCAAUCAGGCGAAGGAUUCGUGGGAUGAACAGUUGUGUUUGAGUAAUAUUAUGCUCUCAAUUUUUUUCCCCUGAAAAAAGGAAGGGUACUACUUUUUUCUAAGCGUCUUUUAUGUUCCUUGUUCAUCCAACACUUCUGUCCCAAUUGCUACUUCAAAAUCCUGGCUUUUUUUUUUUCUGUGUUUUCUUGAAUCCUAAAUUAGGUAAACAUGGCCACUAUCUCGCGCAUUCCUUCACCCUCUUCUGUUUUUUCUGCCUAUGCUUCACUAUCAGCUUCUGUUAUGCUGGUUCAGACCGCCAUAAAUCAACUCAUACCUCGUACAGUGCAAAAUUAUAUCUCCUCUGCAAUCAGGUACUAUUUCAAGGCCAAGUCUUCAAAUCUAGUUCUUCUGAUCGAGGAGAGUGAUGGGAUUUCGAGCAAUGAGAUUUAUACUGCUGCUGAAACUUAUCUUUAUUCUAAAAUUGACUCUAGCGUUGAGUGCCUUAAGAUCAGCAAGAGUCCUAAAGAGAAAGGCAUAAAUGUCAAGUUUGCUCAGUGUGAAAAAAUUGUUGACACCUAUGAUGGUGUUGAAGUUGUCUGGAGGUUCAGCUGUGAGGAGAGGAAAAGGGGUUCUUCAAACCACCUUGUAGAUGAUGAAUCUGGUAAUGUGUUGCCAGAGUACGAGAAAAGGUAUUUUGAGAUGAGUUUCAACAAGAGGAACAAAGACAUGGUUUUGAACUCCUACAUUCCUCACAUCUUACAGAUAUCUAAGAACAUCAAAGACGAAAAGAAAGUUGUAAAGCUGCAUACUUUAUCAAGCUUUCCUUACUCAUCAACAUUCAUAUGGGAAUCCAUCAAUCUUGAACAUCCAUCCACUUUUGAGACACUUGCAAUGGACACAGAGUUGAAAAAGGCCAUUAUCGAAGAUAUGGAUAGGUUUGUGAGAAGGAAAGAUUUUUACAGGAAAGUUGGGAAAGCCUGGAAAAGAGGGUACUUGUUGCAUGGUCCUCCAGGUACAGGGAAGUCGAGCUUGAUUGCCGCCAUGGCUAAUUAUUUGAAAUUUGACAUCUAUGACUUGGAGCUGGCAAACAUAAGAAAUGACUCAGACUUGAGAAAACUGUUGCUGAAGACUGCUAAUCGUUCAAUCCUUGUGAUUGAGGAUAUUGAUUGCAGUGUUGAGUUGCCGGAUAGAAAGGGGAAUUCCGGGCUUGCGGAAGGACGUUAUUAUAAAGAGCAUCAGUUUCAUUCCCGACUACUGAACUUCAUCGAUGGCCUGUGGUCAAGUUGCGGGGAUGAGCGUAUCAUCAUAUUCACUACAAACAACAAGGACAGGCUUGAUCCGGCGCUGAUUCGCCCGGGUCGAAUGGAUAUGCACAUUGAGAUGUCCUAUCUAACUAGAGAUGGGUUCAGGACCCUAACUACAAAUUACCUGAACAUCAACAACCCACAUUGGAGGUUCGGAGAAAUAGAAGAGCUGAUUGGGAGCAUGAAUGUGACCCCUGCUGAGGUUGCUGAAGAACUAAUGAAAAGCGAUGAUCCAGAUGUUUCCCUGGGAGGAUUAUGUCAGUUUCUCAAGCUCAAGCGCAAGAAGAUGGAGGAAGAUGAUGGUGUCAAUGGUGAUGAUGGAUCCAGCAGGGAUGAAGAGGGCCAUGGAACUGAUCAAAGCCCAAAAGGGAAAAGGCUCAAGCUGGAUAAUGGGAAAGAUGAACUCCUUAGAAGGUUGCAAUGGUGUCUUGAUGAUCCAGCUCUAGUCAUGCCUUGA